AUGGCGCCCGCACUUUGUGUCAACUGCAAAACGGAGCGAGCGCUGAUCAAACGGCCCAAGAACCACGCUAAGCUCUGCAAGGUCUGCUUUAUCACUAUCUUCGAGGAUGAAGUUCACCACACCAUCACCUCAUCACAGCUAUUUCAACCCGGAGAGAAGGUGGCAAUAGGAGCGUCUGGCGGCAAGGACUCGACAGUUCUGGCCUCAGUCUUGAAGACAUUGAAUGAGCGGCACGAGUAUGGUUUAGAUCUUGUUCUCUUGAGCAUAGAUGAAGGGAUCAAGGGGUACCGUGAUGACUCGCUAGAAACGGUUAAGCGAAAUGCCGUCCAAUACGAUAUGCCUCUCACAGUGGUCGGAUAUGAUGAGCUGUACGGCUGGACCAUGGACCAAGUUGUCGAGACGAUCGGCAAGAAGGGCAACUGCACAUAUUGCGGCGUCUUCCGCCGGCAGGCACUUGAUCGCGGCGCAAAGAUGCUCGGAAUUAAACACGUCGUGACAGGCCACAACGCCGACGAUGUCGCUGAGACCGUCCUCAUGAACCUGCUCCGAGGGGACCUGGCGCGUCUCUCACGAAGCACAAGUAUCGUGACAGGAGACGACCGGUCCGAAGUGAAGAGAAGCAAGCCCCUUAAGUACUCGUACGAAAAGGAAAUCGUGCUAUACGCCCAUCAUAAGAAGCUCGACUAUUUUAGCACAGAGUGCAUAUACAGCCCCGAGGCGUUCCGUGGCAGCGCCAGGAGUCUCAUCAAGCAGUUGGAGAGGGUACGUCCGACAGCCAUUCUCGACAUUGUUCGAAGUGGCGAGGACAUGGCAAGGCUGGUCCCGGGAGAGUCGCCGUCGUCCUGCGCUUGCAAAGGGAACAAAACAUCGCCUAUGGUACCAGCAGAGGACGACAUUGGUGGAUGCGGCUCACAGAAGGGGCGUACAUCAGGCAACGAGAUGGCUGCUAUGGACAAGCAGCUAAGGGAGAACGAAGCGCACGAAGGGCUUGAGGUUGAUGUCGCGAUGGUCAUGUCCGAGAGCAAGAACAACGGUGCUAAGAAACACAAGGAGCUUCCAAUAAGGAGCGGUAACGGAACCUCGAAGAGUGCGCCUCGGCAGGUCCGUGGUAACUGCAGCCGCUGCGGCUACAUGUCGAGUCAGGACAUCUGCCAGGCGUGCAUUCUCCUCGAAGGUUUGAAUAAGAACCGGGCUCAAAUCCAAAUAUAG